GACAAAGAAGCAACUUACCAGUCAACAACCAAACUACCAGUCUCGUUCAAUCCCAUGUUACAAUUGCAAGCGCAUUGUUUUACUUCUUCCAAGUUCUUAUCCGUUGAAAACCUAUAAGCUUCUUCUCCGUUCCGUGAUAACAUCAAACAUUGCCCUGGCAGUAUAAACUCCAUUCUGCUUAGAUUUUCAUCGGUAAAUUCUUUAUCUGUCCUCGAGAAUUUUCAAGAAGAACAAUCAACCAUGGCGAGAUCAGGCAACAAGAACAUACAAGCCAAGCUGGUACUUCUCGGGGAUAUGGGAACCGGGAAAACAAGUCUAGUAUUGAGAUUUGUCAAAGGCCAAUUUUUCGAGUACCAGGAAUCAACAAUUGGAGCAGCAUUCUUUACUCAAGUUUUGUCGCUAAAUGAAGCAACUAUAAAGUUUGAUAUAUGGGACACGGCGGGUCAGGAGAGGUACCAUAGUCUGGCUCCAAUGUACUAUCGCGGUGCUGCUGCAGCGGUUGUAGUGUAUGAUAUCACAAGCAUGGAGUCAUUUAUCAGAGCCAAAAAAUGGGUCCUAGAAUUGCAAAGACAGGGAAAUCCAAAUUUGAUCAUGUUCUUGGCGGCCAACAAGGCCGACUUGGAAGAGAAGAGAAAAGUGGGAGUUGAGGAAGGUGAGCAAUAUGCCAAAGAAAACGGAUUGUUUUUUAUUGAAACGUCUGCAAAAUCUGCACAGAAUGUCAACGAGCUCUUUUAUGAAAUAGCGAAGAGAUUGGCCAAAGCUAGCCCUUCGCGUCAAACAGGAAUGAAAUUACAUAGGAGGUCACAAGAAAGUAGAAGAGGAAUAUUUUGUUGCUCUGUUUGAUGUGCUUGCCUUUGCUACUGGAUGGCUUACCUCACUCGAAAGAGAUGGAAACUUUCUGUGGCGCCUAAUCAAAGAUGAAGAGUCUUCAUCUUCAUUGAAGACACAUUAACAUUGCUGCGCGCACAUGUUGUAUGUUUUAUAUGUUUUUAUGUUCAAUGCAAAAAAAAGUGGUCAUGGACUUCAAAAAAACUAACAAUUUCAAAGCCUGGAUCAUUAUUUGAUUGUGUUUA